AUGACUAAGCGCACCAAGAAAGUCGGCAUCACCGGCAAGUACGGCACUCGUUAUGGCGCUUCCCUCAGAAAGAUGGUGAAGAAGAUGGAAAUCACCCAGCACGCCACCUACACUUGCACCUUCUGCGGCAAGGACGCUGUCAAGCGCCAAGCUGUCGGUAUCUGGAAGUGCAAGGGCUGCAAGAAGACCAUGGCCGGUGGCGCUUACACUGUUUCGACCGCGGCUGCCACCACUGUUCGUUCGACCGUCCGUCGUCUUCGCGAAUUGGCCGAAAUCUAA